UCUAUUCUUCUUUUUUUGAGGGGGAUGUUAUUGGAAGACUUUCCAAAGAAAAGAAGACGUCUCUCAAUAAGAAAUACUAAAGAACCCCAUUUCAGUACAUGGCUACAAUUAGAGAACAAGUUUGCCAACCAUAAAGAGUUGUUGUCCAUCGCAUAUUUCUUGUGUCAACAAAACGAGUCUUGGAUACCCCUCAUUGCAGAAUAUGGUUUACCUCAUUUAGAAAGGCAACUCGUUUUUCCAAGUUUGAUAAAAGCCAUCGUCUCUCAACAAUUGAGUGGAAAGGCAGCAAAAGCUAUCAUGGAAAGACUACAUAGUCUGUUACAAGGCACUGUGACAGAGGUGGAAAUUGCUAACCGAAUUGUAAACUUGGAACAAGCUCAACUGAGACAGGCUGGAUUAUCGCAACGAAAGGUGGAAUAUUUGAAAGGGUUAGCCCAGUUGUUUGCAGAUGGAACGCUGAGUGAUGAUGAGUUGGCUAGCUUGUCCGAUCAUGAUCUCACUUCACGAUUGUUAACUGUCAAAGGAAUAGGGGAAUGGACCAUACAUAUGUUGAUGAUAUUUGCCUUACAAAGAAAGGAUGUAUUGCCUUUUGGAGAUUUAGGUGUUCGUAAAGGUGCGAUUAAAUUUUUUGGUUUGUCUGAUCAGCAGAAAAGAUGGAAGAAGAAAGAAGAAUGGGAAGCCUUAUUUGAGCCAUAUCGACCAUAUAGAACGUAUGUCAGUUGGUUAAUGUGGAAAGUGAAUUCUCCACAGUUUGUGAUUGCUAUGGAAUAAAUAGUAAAUGUUUGGAUAUAUAAGAGUGUAAAGUCAUUUCAAGAGAUAAUGAAAUCCAGGUUUCUUUC